AAAACGAACUCUUUUCAUGAUAUCGCACUUUUCGCGAAAGAAAGUUGUUCAUCUCCACUUGUCACACUUACAUCGGAAAUGCACGAAGCUGCGAUUAGUUCGAAUGACGAAUGGAUUAUUGAUUACUUUGCACCGUGGUGCCCGCCAUGUCUACGCCUCUUGAGGGAGCUGAGGAAGCUGCAUAAUCAUAUUGAAAACAUUAAAAUCGGAACGAUAGAUUGUGUGCAGCAUGGUGAUAUUUGCAAGAAAGCAAAUGCUAAUGCGUGA